AUGCAACGGGGAAGCAUUCGAAUGGAUCAGAACGCAGAAUUUGCAGAAGAUAUCUACCUUACUGUCAAGUCGCUGCUAUCGUUCCAAGCCGAGUUCUCCGGCAUGGUCGUGGCCAUUGUCCUUGACAACGCGCCCGACCACAGCCAAACUGAGGCCCGCAUGCCUGGGCACGAUGACUGCGUCUUGCUACGUCUUAGCCCGUACUCGCCGUUUACAAUCCUAUUGAGGGUUCCUUCAGCGUGCUGA